AUGGCUGUUCUCAUAGAAACGAAAUUUGCUGGUUGUUGUUUGCCAAAGGUUCUAUCAGAUAGUAUUUACUACUCAGAUACUGAUCCAUUGAAGCUACUCUGCUUCAUUACUCACUUAUGCGCUGGUGCUAGCCGCACCAUGUCUAGCGAUGCCUACUUCGACCUAGUCUUACAGUCCAAAGAUAAUUCAACAUUCGAAUGGAACUACUCGCAUUUACAAAGGCACUUCCCAUAUUUAGAAAGCAAAGCAAUAGCUAAAAAGUAUGAUGACUUGAAGUUGAUACUAACUCUUCCUUACUCACAGGAUCUCAUUCAUUUGAUAACUCAUGUUAAUGAACCGAUCGCUGAAUGUAAGUGGAUCAAUCUGGAAUUCGCACUCGAGGAUAUGAGGGGCGACAAAGACUUUCAAGGACUAACAGCUGGAUUUUGAGCAGCUCAGAAGUAUACUGGAUCAUGAUAAACUAAAUGUUGGUAGUGAAGACGAUGUUCUCCACGUUAUCGAUGCUUGGAUUGAUGCAUGUGUAGGCCGCAAUAUCCAUCGCAAUGGACUGCUUGGAACAGUAAGAAAAGCAGGCCUGUCCACUCAGCAACUUGGAUUAUUAAACGAAAACCUUUCUUCAAAUCUUUUAUCGGAAAAACCAUUACGCCAUCCACGUGAUCAGAUGGUGAUGUUUGGCGGUUGGCAUUCCGGUCGCACCCAUUCUCGUAUAGACAUCUUCGACCAGGACACGCUCGAUUGGAAACCACUUUGUGACCUCAGCCUUGUCCAUCCAAUUGCUUACCAUGGAUCAGUACUGCUCAAUGACGAACUGUAUGUGAUCGGCGGGACGGAUGGAGAAAAUCAUUACAGCACCGUGAUGAAAAUGAACAUGCGUGGUGAGUGGAUGGAAGUCGCGCCGAUGUUCGAGACCAGAAGCAUGAUUCAAAUGCGCUCUGAUGCUGCUGCCGUCGGCGCUGGCGGCAAGCUGUACGUUUCCGGUGGAUUCAACGGCACAGAGGUACUGACUUCUGUGGAAGUGUACACCCCUGCUACAAACACCUGGGUCGAAGUGUCUAAUAUGCCUGCGCCUCGUUCAGGUCACUGUAUGGUUCUCUACAAUCCAUACACACUAAUCGUACUUGGUGGAUUCAAUGGACAAGAUCGAGUGAAUACGGUGUUUACGUGGACCAUCGGCCAUUUAUCAUGGACAGAAAGACCAUCAAUGAAAUCGAGCAGAUCCAAUUUUGCGUCAUGUUUGCUAAAGGACGAUCUAUUCGUUGCCGGAGGAUACUCAGCGUCUAAAACAAUCUCAGGUGUAGAAAAAUUUGACGGAAAGCAAUGGAUAGAGAUGCCAGAUCUUCCUGCUACUCGUAGUGCGAUGAGAAUGUUGAUACUGCCGAAUUUUCGCGACCUUGCCUUAUCCAAGCUUGGCAGCGCUGAAGAGCAGAAGAAGUGGGUAGACGAAGAUAGACGAGCGGCCAACGAAAGAAGCAUGUCAGCACAACGAAUCAGAAAUGAGGGAGAACCGCAACAUCUUGCCUAA